AUGCGACGCAAGUGGAAGGAUGCCAGUCUCAGUGGCAGCUAUCGCAAAAUUUUCAGCCGCAUGGGCGCUGACUAUUCGUAUGACAUUAAGCUGUAUUCCGAGGAGGAUCAGCAAUUCGUCAAGACUGAUUUGGAGAACCUGGAAUCGAAGCUAGAAGCUCCUGCUGCUACACUUGAGGCCCCGGCUGGUGACAAGUUGGCUAUUGUGCUGAAGUUCCAAUUGGGAUCGAGUCAGUACGCCACCAUGGCACUCCGCGAACUUUCCAAGGGCCUGGUUCAAGAGUGGAAGCCUGACCUUGGGGGUGGUCGGUAA